AUGACUUUAUCCAGAAAUCGCCAAGCGGCAUCGGCCCUGGCUUCUUCCAUGAUUGACUCGGACUCGCUCGAGGUCGAGUCAGUCAAGUCAAACAGGCACCAUUCUCGCGCCCACCACAAACACUCAUUCACCAUUCAAGAAACUUCGUUGCCCUCCACCGCCGCUGCUGUCGACAAGACCCACUCAUUUGUCCAGACGACCAAGUACGACCCAAGCAGCCUCCCCGCCAUGUCUUCUCACACGUCUCUGUUGGAUGUGAUUCGAAGCCAAGGCCAUGUCAUGCUCCAAGAUCGCGUACAACAAGCCGCACCCAGUAUGCCUGCUGCUUCUCGGUCCAAACCCAUUCGGAUAGUGUCGCCAGGUCCCCACCAUCAGCCGCAUUACGACCUGCAAGAGGAGCUGGAAGAAGAUCCCUUGUCCACCUCGGCGGAACUGGAGCGCUUUUACGAUCAUUGCACUUGGCGCAUGUAUGCACUGAUUCAGACGGCCCGUCAAACUUCCCACUACAGCAGCAGCCAUCACCAUCAUCAGCCGUCCCGUGCUCAGUCUCGCUACAGCAACAGCCGGGCCGCCGCACCAACCGAGUGGACAACAUCCCGUCCACCCGCGGUUGAGAACGAAGAUGACAUCUUUGACCUGGAGCUUUAG